GCUUGUGCUCUGCUCUUCUAGCCCAUCUCUCCUUCCAGGAUCAUGAAGACCUCUGUGGCUGCCCUCUCUAUCCUCCUGAUCAUGACCUUCAGCUAUCUGGCAUCCUCUGCUCCAAUGGGCUCUGACCCUCCCAUCUCCUGCUGCUUCUCCUAUGUUCGUCAACAGAUCCACAGAAAAUUUGUGACAGACUAUUAUGAGACCAGCAGCCUUUGUUCUCAGCCAGCUGUGGUGUUCCGGACCAUAAAAGGUCGGCAGGUGUGUGCCAGUCCCAGCGAUGCCUGGGUCCAGAGCUAUGUGGAAGACCUGGAGCUGAACUGAAAGGCUCAGGGGGCUUAGACAGUGAAUCUUAAAGGGAAAUGGACC